AUGUUUCCUCGUCGACUGGCAGCUCAAAGCUGCAGAGUAAUUCCUCGUGGAAUCUCAACGUCUCGAGCAAGUGCUCAAAGAACAAACCCCAGACUUCAAAACGCACAAUGUCCCACUCAACGACGGAGUCUCACAACAAAGAGCUUCAAGACACCACCUAUCUUUGAGCCAACAAAUACUCUCAAAUCCAGCGAUAACAACAUCUCCAUCUCCGGCGGUGAUCGCUUCAUUCAUGUCCAAGAUGAGAAACAUGGCGGUUGGACGAGACUCGAUGCUGUUGUUCUUCGAGAUAGCUGUACAUGCACGACUUGUGUCGACCCGGCUUCUGGACAAAAGAGCUUUGCCACGACGGCUAUUCCCUCGGAUGUCGCUAUCGAUAGCAUCCGCAGUGCUUCAGAUGGAGUGGGCAUCUCGUUCAAGAACGAUAUGUACAAAGAUCACGAGAUGAUUCUUCCCUGGUCAACAAUCGACAAAGCCCUUGGUCACUCACCUGUAGAAAAGAUGCCGUAUCCUCGACAAGACGCCGUGUAUCCUAAAACAGGUCGCACGUUCUGGGACAGGGCAACCAUUCAGACCCGCGUUCGCAAGAUUGACUACCACGAAUUCAUGAAAGGCUCAGACGCAUUCUGGCACACACUUCUUGAUUUAUCUAACCUCGGCCUCGUCUUUCUGAAGAACGUGCCGCAAGACGAGAACUCGAUUGUGGACAUCACCACACGCAUCGCCAACAUCAAAGAGACCUUCUACGGCCGUACCUUCGACGUUCGAGCAAAGCCAGACGCAGAAAAUGUAGCAUACACAAGCGGGUAUCUGGGACUCCAUCAAGACCUUCUGUAUCUUGAGAGUCCGCCCGCGAUCCAGCUGCUUCACUGCAUGGAGAACUCGUGCAAUGGCGGAGAAUCGCUUUUCAGCGAUGGGUUAUUCGCAGGGAAAUUGCUCUGGCUGCAGAAUUCACCGACAGUGAAGAAUCUUGCGCGCGUGAAGAUCCCGUAUCAUUAUGAGAAACAUGGGUACUUCUACCGCCAGCAGCGAUCGCUCUUCGACGUCGGGAAAGAUGGAAACCUGGCGGCGGUGUACUGGAGUCCGCCGUUCCAGAAUCAAUUCCAGGUUCCCGCCGUAGACGCCCGAGCGUGGCUUGAACCGACCCAACUGUUCGACGGUUUAAUCAACGACCCCGAUGCCAUGUUCGAGAUAAAGAUGAAGCCGGGAGAGUGUGUGCUUUUCGACAACAUGCGGGUCAUGCAUGGACGGAAUCAGUUUGAUGUUGGCGGUGGGUCGAGAUGGUUGAGGGGAGCGUAUAUCGCAAGAGAGGAUCUAGUGAGUCGCGUGCUUCAUGUCCCUGAAGAGCUGGCUGCGGAGUAUCGCGCUGGUAAAGAAUGGAGUCGCGAGAAGGAGGAUGAGGAGUUGAGGGCGUCGAAGUGGUUUGGUAAGGUUGAGGGACAAGUUGGUGAUAUGGUUGCUGGCUUGAGGAGAAAGGGGGCUGUGGAGUUGGGAGAGAGAGAUUAUGAAGUAUUAAACUGUUGA